GAGGAAGGUAGAACAGGAAGGAAGGGGAGAAGAGGCAAGGAAGAUGAAGGAAGGGAGAGACGAAAAGACGAAGGGUGGGAUUACCGGAAGAGAGGGAGGAAGGGUAAGAAUGGAGUUGGUAAGGGAGGAAUAGGUAUGAAAUGGGAAGAAAAUUGGAGUAGUGGAAGGAAGGUAGAACAGGAAGGAAGGGGAGAUGAGGCGAGGAAGAUGAAGGAAGGGAGAGAAGAAAAGAGGAAGGAUGGGAUUAAUGGAAGAUAGGGAGGAAGGAUAAGAAACGAGGUGGUAAGGGAGGAAUGGGUACGAAAGGGGAAGAGAAUUGGAGUAGUGGAAGGAAGGGAGAACAGGAAGGAAGGGGAGAUGAGGCAAGAAAGAUGGAGGGAGGGAGAGAAGAAAAGACGAAGGGUGGGAUUAACGGAAGAGAGGAAGGGAGGGAGGGUAAGAAAGGAGUUGGUAAGCGAGAAAUGAGAAUGAAAUGGGAAGAAAAUUGGAGUAGUGGAAGGAAGGUAGAACACGAAGGAGGAGGAGAAGAGGCAAGAAAGAUGGAGAGAUGGAGAGAAGAAAAGAGGAAG